CGUUCGUGGCUUGCAUUCCCAGGCUUCAAGACAGGAGAAGAGUGAUGAGCCUCUGUUGCACCUUACAGCGCCCGGUAUCAUAUGGUCGUCGUCACCGAUGAGCUCGACCAAGCCCGUGCGGCGGCGCCAAGUCAAUAUGCAUAACAAGCUAUGGAAGGCCGGUCCUGGACCGAAAUGAAGGGCACGCGUUCCCUUUUGUGCACUUUGAGGCUUCUGUCAGAAAGGAAUUUCCGGAUCGCCACGAGUGUGUGUGUGUGGUCCAGGACGUGCCGUGGUGGAGUAAAGAGCUGACCGCGCGCAAGCUUACGAAAGGUCGGACGAGACUUGAUCCCUUUUUUCCCCAUCGCACAUCAUCCCGCGAGAAAAAAGCUCGUCUAACACUGUGCUAGAGAGGCGUUCAAGCAAGUCGCAAUCCAUUUGCAGUGAUGCCUUGCUACAAAAGGCUCAUCCAGGUGCACGCUUUCGGGACUAGCAGAGCUCGCAAGGGUGGCGAAGCUGCGCGCAACUUCGAUCUUGCAAGGAUGGACAGUCUGCCAGAGACGGAUCAAGUAUGCUUGGGGAACAACAUGGCCUAUUUCCAUGCGGUAUACGUUCGAGGACCUCAUCACGUCAUCCACGAAGCGACACUUCGAGAGUGGUUCAGCUCGAUCGGUACCGUCGUCGAGAUGCGCUUUCCAAAGAGUUGCCGCCAACAUCCCUACCUAGCGUACUGCUUUGUGACAUUCGCAAACGCGGAGGAAGCGCAGCGAGCCAUCGCAAGAUAUCACCAGAGCCCAGUGCGGGGCGGCGGUAGGCUGAACGUGAAGCCUGACAGGUCAGACCGUAAAGCACUCGAGCUGAGCCUGCGGAUCCUCGAUGGAGCCGAGCAGCACGUACACCGCGCGGUCCUCGAGCAGCACCGCGGCUGUAUCUUCCAGACUGAGGUCGAAGCGGUCGAAGUUGAGGCGGUCAUCAUCGCCAUCGAAGCGAGGCAGCUGCUGAGAUCGUAUCCCAAGAUCGCCCGUCUGGUCGUAACGAUCACGAAAAAGGGUGACAAGAGCUUUCGCCGAUCCGUUCUUCGUGAGGAUCUGCUCCAAGAGCCUUGUUCCUUGACCGUGCCCCUCGACGGACAGCAGGACGAAAUCAUCAAUGUAAUUGUGGAGCCUCGCUACUACGAAGCACGGCCUGGGGUAGAGGUCUCUCCAUUGCCUCCUCUGAUCGGCUUCGUGCUCCAUAUUCGGGAUGGAAUGGUCCGCACCGCAAAAAGCAGAAGGCUGCCCGAGCCCAAGCCAGCUGUGCAAGCCGACUCUCCGACCCAUCGAGACUUGCCGGCCAUUGCUUUGCGCGAGGAGAGGAAUUCUGCACCGGUCGAGAAUGCCGACCGAUCAAAUCCCUCGCAGUCAAUCUCACGGAGGCUAGCCGCCGCUAUUCCCAGCUCUGCAGACACCCGCGUCCCUUUCGUGGACCGCAUUAGCGAUAAGCGCGCAAGAGAGCCAGAAAUUCGACACAGCGACGAGGAUUGGUGCAGUCAAAAGCCCGGGAGGGAAGCUAGAUGGACUGAGCGCGAGGAUGCAGAUCCGCGUGAAGGAGACUCUGCGCGGAAGCGCAUGCGACACUUGCCAGUCGAAGACGCUCCAAGUCCGCACGGCUACCGACGCAGUGCGACUGUCGAAGAGAAGUGGGACCCGAGCAAUGAGCCAGGAAUCGCUCCUUCUUCAACGUAUAGUCGCGCAUACGAGCCACCGUCUCUGCCGUUUGUAGGGGAGAUGCACAGCCGCAACACGUCAGAGCCGCGGUCUGCAGGUCCGCUUGAUCCGCAAAAGACGCUGAUGGACAAAGAGGCUUUGCAAGCAGAGAAUGAGCGGCUGCGAGAGCAGAUCGCGUUGGCAAAACUGAAACGAGAGCAAGAAGGGUUACUGCUACAAUUGGAGAGAGAGCGCGAGCUAGCAAAGAUUGCGAGCUCCACUACAAACCGUCAGACGAUCCCUACACCCCUGUCCACUCCCAAACGGGGCUCGCAGUCUCAAGAUCGACCUACUACUGGACGACAUUCGCUAGUCUCACCUGCUCUCAGCUCUUCGCAACAGUCACUGGCUGCUAGAAGAUAUGAUAGCAGAACUCAAGCGCCGAGCAAGAGCCCAAGAACUCCAGAAUUUAGGUGACGAGCGACGUAGUAGUGGUGGUGGUAGUGCUGUUCUUGGGGAGUUUUGAUAGGAUGCAAUUCCCCGGAAACGCGAUGCCCUGCUGUGAAUGCGCGAACCCAUCUCAAGAAAUGCCAUACUGUGCAGAAG